GUUCUGCACCAAGUGCUCCAUGGUGAGAGGUCAAGAGGAGGAGGGCUUCUUGCAGACGUUGAAGUGGUCCAUCGAGGCACGAGUGCCUGGUGUGCACGGUCCACCGGCAGGCACUGGUGGCACAGGGAAUGCAGGGGAGGAGGAUUCUGACAGUCAGGAUGGCAACGCGAAUGGUAAAGAAGGCUUGUAUGCUUCUGGGGCAACAGAGACUGCCAGUAUGCGAUCUUUUGAGACAGGGCUCUCUGACCAGGAGAGAAUUUACGAAUCACCAAGGCGGCAGUGUCGCAUAAUCUCGCCAAGAAGCCCUUGGAAAGUUUGCUGGGAUCUCUUCGUGGGUGUCCUGAUUAUCUACACAAUCAUUGCCAUGACGUGGCGAAUUGGCUUCGACCAGGCGGCGCAAGGAGGAGCUUUGGUUUUCGACUACGCCGUUGAUGUGGUUUUUGCUGUGGAUACCAUCCUGUGCUUCCGCACCGGAUUCUAUGCAGAGUCUGCUGAGGAGACUCUGAUUACCGACCCGUGGGAAAUUGCGAAGCGGUACUGCAUGUCUUACUUCCUUUUCGACCUUCUAUCCUGGCUUCCGUUGGACUUGUUGGUCCAGGUAAUCACCGGGCAAAGCAGUGCGGAAAUGAAGUCGGUGAAGCUCAUGAAGUUCGUCAGAUUGAUUCGACUCGCCAAGCUCAUGAGACUAUUCAAGCUCGGCAGGUUCCUGGCUAUCCUCGAGGAGCAGUUGCACCUGAAACCUGCCAUGAUUCGCAUGGUACGCCUCAUUUUGAACAUCGUGUUCCUGGCACACUUGCUUGCCUGCAUGUGGCACUUCAUUGCCCUUCCUGGAUGUGGCGAGUCUGAGGACAUCUCAUCCAUUGGCCCAUGUUCAGAUAGGCUCGAUGAUGUCUACAGCCGCCCGAACUGGAUCAGGGUGUACAAUGUUGAUGAGUUUGGUCUGGUAUCGAAGUACAUUGCUUCAUUCCACUUUAUUACUGCCACCAUGAUGGCGGUCGGGUAUGGUGAUAUUUGGGCAAAGAAUACUGAUGAGCGACUUUUCUGCAUUGUGCUUCAACUUUUUGGAGCGACCGCCUUUGGCUUCAUCCUCUCCUCGGUCACUUCUCUACUGGAGUCUGCAAACCCGCGCGCCAACGAAACGAACAAGCGCCUUAAUGAAAUCAAGGAGUGGUGCACGGGUCGCCGAAUGCCGCGGCAUUUGAGGGUGGCCAUCCGAGAGCACACACAAUACGUGCUUCACAAAAAGUCCAUCUUCAAUGAGGCUGACAUUCUCGGAAACAUGCCCAUGAGUAUAAGGAUGGACAUCAUCCAGAAUUCAUACUCAGAGUGGUUGCGGACCCUGGAGCGACCUUUUCAUGAGGAGGACUUGGCUUUCAGGAUUGAGCUGGUUCAGCUGAUGAUGCCGCAGCAUGUGCUACAAAACGAGGUGGUCAUCGAAGACGGCGAGAUUACAGCAGAGGUCUAUGUUGUGAACCAUGGCUGCCUGGAGGCCAUCUGUGACGGCGAUCGAGCAGACCUGGCGCAGCUGAAGACGUGGGUCCAGCAAUGCCUCAAGCGGAGUCCUUUGGGCAAUGUCCUGGAAGAAGAGCAUGAGGACGACUCGGUGAUUCAACCUUCCGUAGCUUGCGAGGUCCUCUGUGGCAUCUAUCAGAGCGCGGAUCUGGUCGGUCAGAUUGCAGCACUGCCAGUCAUGGUCCGUGGCUUCAGCAGUCGGACGGACGUGCUUGUUAUCAACAAGGAUGCCCUCGCUGAUGUUCAACUUCGAUUUCCGGGUGCUACUGCCCGCGCUGAGACUAACGAGGAGAAGCUGAAGCAGGAGAUGGUAAAGGUGCUUGCAUCCGAGCUAAGAAGCGGUCUCGACGAUGAGCGUGAAGCUAAGUCGUUGGUUCUCAUUCAUGGUGUUGCAAGCAGUGCUGAAGAUUUACCUCCAGUCGUGUUGAACACAGACCGAGCCACUCCCAUUCCGGCAGCACUUCUUCGCGUACCCAGCGGGGAGACCAGAGACGACACGAAUUCGGAACCGAGUCCACGAAAAGUUCGCUCGCUGGCAGAUCCCACCUCGUCUCCCUCCAGUCCUUCGCCGCGUGGAGCCAAGACUCUGGCAAGCUUGUCUUCUGCAGGCACCAAAGCAUCGAGAAGCUCACAUCAAGUACUGCUUUCGACGAGGAGGAUUGAUCCUGCAACCGGGCUCAUUGAAUCGGUUGAGGAGACAGAGGACCACUUUGAAAAUGGCAAGGUGGAAGCUUCGCUGGGCCUAGAGGCCCGAGUAAAUCCUGGGCCAAGUGGCCCAACCUAUCAACGUCCGCGCGAAGCAGAGCAGCUUCCGAAGAUGGCCGAUUAUGAAAGCAUCAAAGAAUGGGUGGAGGGUUUCGACGAGACGGGCAAGCCCCUGGAAAGGAUCACAAAGUCUGAUCAUCUGCAGGAUUUCCAAGACUUGCAGAGAAAGAUGAAGAAAGAGGAGGUGGAGCUGAGCAAGCUACUUCAGAAGGACAUCUUGUUUGUCUGGGAGGAACUGGAGAUGCUUGAGCUGCAGAACAAGCUCAAAGACUGCAAUGAUGAAUUCUCGCAAGAGAAGCAGCAGCUGGAGGAGCUGAGGUCCCAGCAGCGAGUGACGCUGGACACGGUCACGCGAGAAACCAUCGACCGUUUCUUGCGUAGAAGGCCAAAGAAUGAGGAUGAGCAGAUGAUGGUUGACGUGCACUUUCUCACUGGCACUGAAACGACUGGCUUCAAUCUUCACAUCAAUGGCGAGGGAGCAGGCUCUAGAGAUGCAAAGUUCCUCAUUCGCCUAAACGAGAAGGUUGAAAGCCUUGGCAGACAAGCUGCCAAGUACUGGGGCCUUGACCCUGACAAAGUUUUCUUCCUUGAUGGAGACGGGCGCAUCGUGCUUGACAACAUGGACCUCGUCGACAUUAUCCUUCCACCAGUACCAGCAUCUCAAUCCACGACCAACUUGAAGAGUUCGGCCAGUUCAAGCUCGGUGGCUGUGGCUGACGACACGCAAGGGAAAGAAGGCGAAGCCUCUCGUGAACGAGACUUCUGGAUGGUCAAAGGUCGCAAUUACUGUUUGACUCUCGUCCGUGCCAGCACAGUGCUGAGCAAAGAGGACUUGAACAGGCCGAAGGGUGAGAAGUGGGAGGAUUUCACAUUCAACGAACGCCAGCUGGAGAAGGAGUUGGAGAAUGCUAGAAAAAAGCGUGGGGGCGAUGACUCCGAGGCUGCCAAAGUCAACAUGGAUGUUAUACCGUCUUUGAAUGACCUUAUGCAGCAGGGUCAGGAGAAAAAACGGAAAAAAAGGGCAGAUGCUCGGUGCCGGCUUUUGGAGUUCAGUGUCUUCCUCUUGUGCCAGCUUCUGUUCCUCCUGUCCAUGAUCCAGCCGGAAAUCAUGAACCCAAGCCUUCUAUUGGCUUCAGACAACGUUGAGCGUAUCUUUUCGAACUUCACAGUGUCUGACAGGUCAUCAGCCUUUGUUGCCGCGUCGCCAACGUUCUACGACAUUGUGACUGCGGAGCAGUACUGGCAAUGGCUCACUGGACCAGUUCAGCGGACUUUGCUUGAUGGUUCGUCCUUGGCAUCUUCAAUGCAGAUCGACAUCUUGAGAGUACUCACCACGCGAUUUGUCGCCAAGGAGGUUACUGGAGGAUCUUCGCCUCUUAACCCGUCAUAUACGUGGUGUGAGACUGCCACAGCUGCUACCAAUGCUUCAGAUGACAGCAAUACCACGACCCCAGACUCAACAACA